CGUUUCCGCCUGUUUCAACCAUCGCUCCUCGUCGCAUUCGCCCUCCUCUUCGCCUCCUAUACCUCCCUACCUUGUCCUUUCGAUACCUCCGCGAGUCGAGUCGAUUAUACAGUGCGCUGGGUGGUUUGCUGUCGGUGUCUGGUAUAUGCGGGCAUAACGGGUUUGUUGUCUUGCUGUUGCUGGGUCUAAGGAUGAGUCAAGGUUUCUACGAACUUAGCUCUACGACUACCGAUACAUUGUUCGAUCGCUUUCCCCUACGCUCGAGAUUUGAAGUGAACUGGUAGGAGGGAUACGGGUAUUGUGGUAGCGACAACGUCCAGGCUUUGCUAUUACGCCAUGUCCCGACCUGAUGAUGUACCCGAGUCCAAUGCCGGUUCGCAGGAAAGCACGGAGGAACAACCAACAACGACAGGAGAGCUCGCAGGGGAGCCCGCUCCCACAUCACUACCCCGGAGCCAGUCCUUGAAUAUACAUGCCGCUCGAGGCGAUGCACUUCCCAGCCGACCGUCCUUGUCGCCAUCUCGAACCCGGUCAGAUGCCGGUCGGAGGCCGUCGCAACACCAUGUUCGCUUCUCAACCGACUUGGAGCGUCCAUCCGCGGAGGAAGUCGGAAAUCAACGACCCGGGUCGAGGGGAUUGACGAUCAACACGAACAUCGCACAAUUGCAGGUCCCCGCAUCGGGCAGAUCCCCGGGCCAUGGAGCGACCUCGCCCUUGUCUCCGCAUUCCACAUUAUCCCCUCCUUCCCCGCAGAGUCCGGAAUCUGUUGGCCGCUCGCGGUCACGUCAUCGUGGAUACUCGCUCCGACGGACAAUCUUCGCAAAGAACAUCGAGUCAGCGGUUACGUCUCCGGGUGCGAUUGAAUUGAGCCAGGCUCAGGAUGUUAGCCCACAACCUGAAGAACCUGCCACUGAAGGAACCCCCGUCGAAGAACCUCCCAUUACAGUGCCUGUUAGGAGACCGGCAGACGUACCACGCACGCCAACUGAGGAUGAGAAGCAAGAUGUGCUGGUGACACAGAGAUCCGCAUCGGAUACCAAUCUGGACCUCUCAACGACAUACUACUCUGAGCCGUCGGAGAACCUCAAGGAUAGGAAGCACCUCUCCACAAGUAUCUCAUAUGAGAAAUGGCUUCAGCAAAGGGCAGCAGUGGCCACUCUGAAGCUGCGUGUGAAGGAUAUGCUCGAGACUGCCCGCAAAGCCAUCCUUCGCAUCAAAGACAUCCCCCCGAGCAAAGACGGUCGUCACAUCGAUCUUGAUGCUACCCGCACCGAAGUCCUUAUUGAUGAGAGAACGGGAACCCCUUAUGUCGGCAACUCUAUCCGGUCCAGUCGUUAUAGCUUCUGGAGCUUUUUCCCCCGCCAGCUGUUUGCGCAGUUUACGAAGCUGGCCAAUUUCUACUUUCUUAUCGUUGCCAUUUUACAGAUGAUCCCUGGUCUGAGUACGACCGGUUCCUAUACCACCCUUGUCCCGCUGUUGAUCUUUGUCGCUAUCUCGAUGGGCAAAGAGGGCUUUGAUGACUGGCGUCGCUACCGCUUAGAUAAGGAAGAAAAUAACCGAUAUGCGUUUGUCCUACGCCCUGGUGCUGGGAUGUUCACGCAGACGGAGCCCAGUGACAGCAUCUCCGUAUCGAGUGAGUCUCGGGAUUGGGCUCCGGUAAAGUGGAAGGAUAUCCAGGUUGGAGAUGUCAUCAGAUUGGAGCGUGAUCAGCCUGUGCCAGCAGAUAUGGUCUUGCUCCACGCAGACGGACCGAAUGGCGUCGCAUAUAUUGAGACCAUGGCUCUAGACGGCGAGACAAACCUCAAAAACAAGCAGCCGUCUCAGCCUGUGGCCAAAGUGUGUGGUACCGUGGAGGGAAUCUGCAGCAAUGCCCUCCAUUUCGCCGUCGAAGACCCUAACAUGGACCUCUACAAGUUCGACGGAAAUGUUACCAUUGCCGAGGACGAGAAGCUGCCCUUGACCAACAACGAGAUCGUGUACCGCGGAAGCAUCCUGCGCAACACCGAGUGUGCAUAUGGUAUGGUCAUCUAUACCGGCGAGGAGUGUAAAAUCCGGAUGAAUGCGAACAAGAAUCCUCGGAUCAAGUCCCCGUCCCUUCAGGCCAAGGUCAACCGGGUCGUCAUGCUGAUCGUGCUGAUGGUCGUUAUCCUGGCGGUCGCAUGUACUCUGGCCUAUAAGUUCUGGUUCCAUGAGCAGGUCGAACCCAAGUCAUGGUAUCUCUCGCAAGCGAGUGUGGCCAUCGGGCCCAUUUUCACCUCCUUCCUGAUCAUGUUCAAUACGAUGAUUCCCAUCUCGCUGUACGUGAGUAUGGAAAUCGUGAAGGUCGCCCAGAUGCUCCUGAUGAACACCGAUAUCGACAUGUAUGAUCCAGAGACCGACACGCCGAUCGAGGCUCGCACCUCCACGAUCAACGAGGAGCUAGGCCAAGUCAGCUAUAUCUUCUCCGACAAGACCGGUACCUUGACCAACAAUUCGAUGCGUUUCCGGAAGAUGAGCGUGGCCGGCACCGCAUGGUACCAUGACUUUGAUCUCGUCGAAGAGGCGGCCAAGGCCGGCGAGCAAACGAAGCUGAUCCACAAGAAGCGCAAUGCGAAAGGAAAGAAGGCGCUCAGCCGCAAGUCCAAUGUCUCCGAGGUCCGCAGAGAGCCUCCCAGAACGUCCAUGUCCAUGACGAACGGACAGCGUGGCGCUUCGAUGCGCAACAACCGUACCACUGAUAUGCUCAAGUAUAUCCAGCGCAAGCCAUACACCGUCUUUGCUCGCAAAGCCAAGAUGUUUAUCCUAGCGCUGGCGCUGUGUCACACUUGUAUUCCCGAAGACGACGAAGCUGGUAAUGUUUCCUUCCAGGCCGCAUCUCCUGAUGAGUUGGCGUUGGUCAUGGCGGCCCAGGAGCUUGGGUACAUUGUUCGCGAUCGGCAACCCAACACAUUGACCAUCCGGACUUAUCCCAACGGCCCCGACGAUAGGCCCUGUGAUGAGGUCUAUGAGAUCAUGGACGUGAUUGAGUUUUCGAGCGCCCGUAAACGGAUGUCGGUCGUGGUGCGGAUGCCUGAUCAACGCAUUUGUCUGUUCUGCAAGGGUGCCGAUAGCAUUUUGAUGCGCCUGCUGAAACGCGCCGCGCUCGCGCAAGAGAAGGCCGUGGAGAUUGAGAGGCGCGUUAGCAAACGCAAGGCGGCCGAGGCUGCCCAAGUCGUGCGACGGAACAGCGAGUACCACAGCCGAAAGGAUAGUGGGCUUCGGACCAGCUUCGGUCGGCCGAGCAUGGCCCGUCGGCGCUCCAGCGUUACCGGCGAUCACGUGUCCGCCUUGAGGGAGAGCAUCGAUGUGUGGCUCCGUGACAGGGAGACUGAUGGCGGUAUGCUGACGCGGGGCGACGACCCCGAAUACUACAGCCCUCGCCCCUCAGCCCAGCUGGGACGCGCUUCGAGCACAUGGUCGGACUCGGGCAGUUCCAUUCAUGAAAACGAGGAGGAAGACCUCGUGGAGGAGGCUUUGGUGGUCAACGAAACUGCCGUGUUCGAGCGGUGUUUCCAGCAUCUGAACGACUUUGCAACGGAGGGAUUGCGGACGCUCCUGUACGGGCACCGCUUCCUCGAUGACGCCACCUAUAAUAGCUGGAAAGCCGCCUACCGCGAGGCUUCCACGAGCCUGGUCGACCGACAGGAGAAAAUCGAACAGGUCGGAGAGCAGAUCGAGCAACAGCUGGAGUUGACGGGCGCGACAGCCAUCGAAGACAAGUUACAGCACGGCGUCCCCGAGGCGAUCGACAAACUGCGACGAGCCAACAUCAAAAUGUGGAUGCUGACUGGCGACAAGCGAGAGACCGCCAUCAACAUCGGGCACUCCUGUCGUCUGGUGAAGGACUACUCCACCCUUGUCAUUCUAGAUCAAGAGAACGGAGAGGUUGAGCAGUCGAUUGUCAAGUUGACCGGCGACAUCCUCAAGGGUACCGUGGCUCAUUCGGUUGUGGUAGUCGACGGGCAAACGCUCUCGAUGAUCGAGUCGGAUGAAAUUCUAGAGGCGCAGUUUUUCCGAUUGGCAGUCCUUGUUGACUCGGUCAUCUGCUGCCGUGCGAGCCCCAAGCAAAAGGCGUUCCUAGUCAAAUCGAUCCGUCAACAAGUCAAGGGUAGCGUGACCCUUGCGAUCGGCGAUGGCGCGAAUGAUAUUGCCAUGAUCCAGGAAGCCCACGUCGGCAUCGGCAUUACCGGCAAGGAGGGAUUGCAAGCGGCUCGGAUUUCGGACUAUUCGAUCGCCCAGUUCCGGUUCUUGCUCAAGCUGCUCCUGGUCCAUGGCCGGUGGAACUACAUCCGGGCGUGCAAGUACACGCUCGGGACCUUCUGGAAGGAAAUGCUGUUCUACCUGAGCCAGGCGUUGUACCAGCGCUGGAACGGGUACACCGGCACCAGUCUGUACGAGUCGUGGAGCUUGAGUAUGUUCAACACCCUGUUCACCUCGCUGGCGGUCAUCUUCCUUGGCAUCUUCACCAAAGACCUGUCCGCAUCCACUCUCUUGGCCGUUCCGGAGCUGUACACCAAAGGCCAGCGCCAUGGUGGGUUCAAUAUCCGGCUGUAUCUGGGUUGGACAUUCAUGGCUGCCUGCGAGGCGGUGUUGGUUUACUUUUGCAUGUUUGGGCUGUUCGAGAAUGUCAUGUUCACUCACACGGGAAGCGACAUCUUUUCGGCUGGUCUUCUCUCCUUCACGGCCUGUGUCAUCGUGAUCAACACCAAGCUGCAGGUUCUGGAGGUGCACAACAAGACAUAUUUGUGCCUGGCUGUGUGGAUAAUUUCAGUGGGUGGCUGGUUCUUGUGGAACCUGAUCCUGGAUGUCCGGUACAAUUUCAGCUCCGGCGACGGCAUCUACCACGUCCUGGGCAACUUUGUCUUUGCAUCCGGACACGAUCUCGCAUUCUGGGCGGCGCUGUUCAUCACCGUUGUCGCCGUGAUUGUCUUCGAAAUGACCGUGAGUUCCGUGCGGGCGUUGUUCUUCCCCACGGACGUGGACGUCUUCCAGGAGUAUGAGCAGGACUUGGACAUUCGGAAGCGGUUCGAGGAAGCCGCAGCUUCAGAGUUGCAGCAAGGCUGGGAUCACGGCAAGAAGAAAUCCAGCUUCGAGCUGGCCCGCGAGGAGGAGAUGGAAGCGCGCGAGCGGCAGAUUCGGGAGCUUCUGGCUCAGCCACGAGUGAUGAUGACCGGCUCCAAGACCGCUGGUCCGGUCGAGACGGAAGACGUGGAACUGGACGGGUAUGGAGUGAACACGACACCGGAGGAUGAGGAGGUCCCCCAAACCCCGCGCCGGUCAAUCGAGGUUCACGAGUUGUUUUCGAAGGGAUUUGGAGCGAUCCGGAAGGGGCAUUUGAAGUAAAACGAUUCGUGCCUGCUUGU